CUCUAGCUACAUAUUGUGCUCGGGGCGGGGUCACUACCCGGGGAUGCUGCGCAGUGCGAGCCUGCGCCGGCGCACGACGCACGCGCGCCAAACUAACACGUUCCAAAUUCAAGUGACUUUCAAAAAGUGUGAAAACAAGAUUUCACAAUGAUUACGUUAGCGAUUUUUGUGACGCUGUCACUAUUUUCCCUGGGUCAGGUGGACUCAGCAAAACAGCAAGUACAGCUAUCAGACUCCUACCUCCCAGUCGCGAUGCAGAUUAUAUCCCACAUCACAGAUCAGAUGGCCUUCGAUGUGAAAGACACCACUCCUCGGCCCACCACCAAACCGACUCCUAGGCCUACCACCAAGCCCACAACGAGGCCUACUCCAAGGCCCACCACUAGGCCCACGACCUCCAGACCGACAGAAAUGACGACACCAUUCCACAGACCAGGUCUCUACGCCCCACCGUCCCCACCAAAACCCUACAGCUACAGCAGAUACUCCUGGCACCCACAGCAGCACCGCUUCGUCCUCCUACCAGUGGAACAACACACCCAGUACACCAUCCUCCAACCCCAAGAGAAGAGGACAGAAGAACCUCUUCUGGCUAUCCACCAGGACCAGAUAAAGCCCCUAGUGGAACCAAGUCCAGAGUCAGCCCCAUAUCUUCCACCGCACUAUGACGUUAAAGUCUCCAGCCGUUCGGAUGGCUACUUAAUCGAUGAUAUCAGUGAGGAAAGCCUGCAGUACUUGUCUGAUGAUGUAAGGGAGAUGAUAAAGAUGGCUAAAGACCCUCAUGAUGAUAAGGUGGUGGAUGUGUGGGAUGGAGUGAGGCAGGGCAACCAGCCUGUGACUACGAAGGCCAAGCUGUCUUCUUCGAAUCUGAGGCUGUUGCUGUUGUACGAUCUGCUGAGCAGGGAUGCCAAGAGGCAGAGACUGUCGGAUUAUAGCGGUUUCUCUCCAGACGUGAUGAAGGCUCUAGUGGCGUCAUCUAGCGGCGGCGUACGAGAACAGCUGAAGAUGGCGCUGUCCAAGAUGGUGGAGCGACAUGACUGCGGGCACGAGUACGCCAACAACAGGGCCAGGGAGAUGGUGGAGGAACUGGGCAAGGAUGAGUCGGGCAUGUCCACCGAGCUGCGGUAUCUGCAACCUUUAAUCUAUAGCUAUUAGGUUUGAAAUGGAAUGGGGAUGGCUGUCUUUGUUGGGUUAGUGUGGUAUUGGUAUAAUGUUUCAAUAUGGUGCCUGUUUGGGGAUACCUAGUAAUAAAUAUGUUGUAAAAAAUAUCUAAUGAUUUUGUUAUUAUAUUUUUCGAUCUCUUUGAAUGAAUAUUGGUAAUACUUAGUUUUCACAAAACCAAGUUUGAACCAACAAAACAAUGUAACCAAGAAUUGGCUACUUUCCUACUAGUCAAAUUCAAUACUUUUUUCGAAACGUCAAUAACGAUAUUUUUUAUGAAAUAACGCGUUAUGACGUCAUAAGAUUUUGACGUCAAAUAGCAGACUUAUUACUAGAAAUUUAGCUAGAAAAAUACUAAAAUUAAGUAGUUCAUCAAAUUUAUGAAUGAGAGUGUGAUUAUUUUUUAAUAUUUUAUUGUAUUGAAAGUUGUAAUAAUUUAUUUUUGACCAAGGAUAGUACCCAAUUGUAUUGUAAACCUACACUUUACGAGCAAGUAGCUUAACUAGAGGACUGACCAAUUUAAAUUAUACACGAAUUUAAAGAAAUGCUAUCAUCAAAAGCUUACAUAAUUUAAUCGAUACCACUUCAAUAACUCUAGUUAGGUGCUUAUUAAAUUGUAUCCAUGCUAGACUAAUUACCCCACUAACUAGACAAGGACAGGCAUUCCCAUGACACAAUGAUGACGUCACUAAGUUUGGACAUUUAAACAAAACGAAGUCAGGAAUGAGCUGAAUGAAAGAAACCUCAGAACAGAACGGUGCAUUUAUAUUUAUAAUUAUAAUAAAGUAUUUAUCGUAGAUGUAACUAUUGUAUACUGUGACAGUACUAUUCAUAAAGCAUUAGAAAUUUAUUUUUGCUGUAGAAAUUAUCCAGAAUAGUAUAAGAACCCUAAUUGGCUUGCUAACUUCAUACAGCCAGGAUUGCUAUCAGGGGAGUACCUAAUGCGAUUGUAUAGAAACCGUGUUUAAAAAGAAAACAACGGUGCCUCAAGAUUUUCUCCAGUGUCGUGAGUUUAUCGUACAAGUUCACAUACACAUGGAAAAGGGGUGAUACCUGUAGUCUAUCAUAACAUUAUUGCUUGACUGCACGGUCGCCGUGCAACGUGUAGCGGGUUCGAUUCCCGCACGGAGCAACUCUUUGUUUGCUCUACAGAUUGUUCUUUCUGGUCUGGGUGUGAUGUGUAUGUCAAAUUGUAUGUUUGUUGUAAUUGCACCCACGACACAGAAGAAAAACCUAGUGUGAGGUAACGUCUAAAAAAGAUUAUUAAAGGAAAAGUGUUAAACUAUUCUACAGCUGAAAUAGAAUUAUUAAUGAUUUAUGAAUACUGCUAUUAUUUUACUGUACGUGAUAAAAAUAAUUAAGAUAUCAACGAAUUUAUACGUAGUGUAUACUAACUCAUCUUAGUUUUAAGAGAGCAUUUAAUAAAAAUAUCUUAUUAAUUAGUACCUAAAGGUUAUUAAAUCAAAUCUUUUUUUACUGAAAUACAUUUAUGAAUUCUACUAAAUACUCAGAACUAAUUAGUAAGAGAAAUACUCAACGCUAUAAAACUUGAAAAUGGUAUUUAAUACUUGAAUAAAUACAGUACAAUAUUAAUAUUUAUUUAUAUGGAGCAACAAUAAAAAUGACAAUAUUAUAAGUACAUACUACUUAUUACCAAAUAAAAAUAUGAUUUUAUUUAAA